GAGUGGGAAAAGGAACAAGCAGAGUUAGAGGCAGGACAAAAGAAGUUAUAUAGUUCGCUUAUAUACAUAUAUUUUAAUGUUUUAGAAAAGCGUGAUGGUGGGGGAGAAACAAUAGCGGUGGAUGGACUUGACAGUGUAGUUAUGGAGCCCCCUUUGAGCAAGAGGAAUCCGGCGAUAAGAUUAGCGGAUUUGGCAGCGACUCAACCUCUUCCUCAUCAGAAUAUGACAGGCUUCCCGGGGCUAGGGGUGCAUCACCCUCACUCCCACCAUGCCCACCACCACCCUGGGGAGAUGGGCAACGACCCCGGAGUGGCACUCACUCCAUUUGGACCCGAGCACAUGGCACAGACAAACGCUCUCAAACUUAGCCCCUCUCAGCACAUUCAGAGCCAUCACGAAGCCCAGACCGCUGCAACGGCAGCAUCCUUCACUUCUGCUCAGACCACAGUAGGUUUCCCCGUGGCUCCUCACCCCCACUCAGGCUACUCUAGCAGCAGGGACUACAUCCUCAGGAGAGAACUCUCAGCCUCGGCUAUGCAUGCACUUGGCGACCAGCAUAGUUCCGCCUCCUCCCCUCAUCACCAUGGCAUGUUCAUCGCACCAACAGGUGCUUAUGGGCACGCCGAGACUGGUGCCCAUCCACUUUUCUCUGGACUCCACGACCAAGCGGCCCCAGGUGCCCACCACCACCACCACCACCAUGCCCUCAACGGGCAGAUGCGUCUGGGUCUACCGGGGGACAUCUACGGCAGGCCAGAGCACUUUGGCCACAGGCCCGAGCACUAUGGACCCUCUUCUAUCCACAGCUACAACUCCAUGAACCUCAAUGUGAACAUUGCUUCUGCUCCUCACGGAGCCGCGGGGGCAUUUCUGAGAUACAUGAGGCAGCCCAUCAAGCAAGAGUUAAUCUGCAAAUGGAUUGAACAGGAUGAAACUUCAAAGAAGCCCUGCUCCAAAACGUACAGCACCAUGCACGAGCUGGUCAACCAUGUCACGGUGGAGCACGUCGGGGGACCGGAGCAAGCCAGUCAUGUCUGCUUCUGGGAGGAAUGUCCGCGGGAGGGGAAAGCUUUUAAGGCGAAAUACAAACUGAUAAACCACAUCCGAGUUCACACGGGAGAGAAACCAUUCCCUUGCCCUUUCCCCGGCUGCGGAAAAGUUUUCGCUCGCUCGGAAAAUCUAAAGAUUCACAAAAGGACACACACAGGGGAGAAGCCUUUUAAGUGCGAGUUUGAUGGCUGCGACAGGAAAUUCGCCAACAGCAGCGACCGGAAGAAGCACUCACACGUCCACACGAGUGACAAGCCUUACUACUGCAAAGUCAGAGGCUGUGACAAGUCCUACACGCACCCCAGCUCGCUGCGAAAGCACAUGAAAGUCCACUGCAAGUCGCCCCCGCCCCCUUCUGCCAACGCUUCAUACCAUUCCUCUACGAACCCUCUUGGCGCGCCCAUUUCGCCCGCUUCCGAACCGCACAGGAACCGGUCCGCAAACCUCUCGCCUCAGGUUACCAACCUCAAUGAGUGGUACGUGUGCCAGGGGAGCGGGGGACCCAACCAUCUCCACACCCCCUCCAGCGAUGUGCCAACUUCGGACUCGGACGAAGAGGACUCUUUCAGAAAUUCAGACCCGAGGACAAUGCUCUAAUGUUUACAAACAUAACAAAUUGCGUUUAUUCCCCAAAUUAUCUCCCAACUGGUUAGAAGUGUAGUAAGAACUACCUGCAUGGGGACUGUACUGACUGUAAGCAUAUAAAUGGGACUUUAUGGAGCAGGAAAUAGCGCCGCGGAUGUCAGAUGAUGAUGAAGAACAACAGCCAAUAAAACGUGCCCUCUCUGUUCGCUUUCUAAACAGCCGAAUGUAAUCAACAUCUCAACAAGUCUCAAUAUAGAAAAGCUUCAAUCACCAGUAUUAUUUGAGAAAAGGAAAUCAUAUUCAUUUUGAAAGCUUUAUUAUUUAAAUAGGCUAUAGAGAGGACCAAGAUAAGCGUAAAUAUACUGAGAACAGAAAUACAAUGUCACCAGUAAGGAUAAGUCUUUGAGAAAACACAUGCACACAUAUGCAGGCUACAUUUACAUGCCUGCAUCGUUUAACACGGAUGAAUUAUGCUUACAUUGACAUUGUCCAUAUGAUCGCAAUCCCUGGCAAUGUAACCUGUUUUAUUAAUCAAUGUCCAAUCCCAGACAGAAGGCAGAAAUAGACGUUGCUCAUGCAAAGUGCAUGAACCUUAGCAACAACCCAUGAACACUAUAAUAAUGCCUAAACAUCCAAGAAUGGGGGAGUGGCAUUCCAUUUUUCUUACGUAUAUCUCACAGUAGAUGCGAGAACUAAUGUAGUCUAAACAUCCAAUUGAAUAUCGAACACCUGCAGAUAGCGACAGACAUUCGCACCCACAUGAUAAAAUUGCUAAGACGCGAGUGUCUAAAAGGGUCCAAACUUAGUUUUAAGAUUUAAGACUAUGUUUGGGUGGACUUUUGUUAUAUUUAAGAACAAUUUAAGACUAUAUUUUAUGCAACAAAAAAAACACACCACUUUUACACAAGUACGAAUAAGUCCUUCGGGACCCUAAAUAUGUAAACUGACAGGUUUUGUCAAUGACGGUCGGAUUUGUAUAUAAUUGUACUGAUGCUCGUGAAUGUUGUUCUUCGUCUUAAUUACGAAUAAUAUGUUGUUUUGUACAUUGUAAUUUAUUUGCUGGUAUAAAUGUUGUACUGGAUUUACAGAGACACCAAAGAAUAAUAAUAUUAAUUUUGGUGAAUAUGUAAUAGACCUACUGAUGGUUUUGUUCUGUAAAAGAAAAAUAAGGAUUCUUUACUUGAAUAGGCAGUGUAUUGUGAAACGUUCCUCUUCUCGCAUGCCCUUUGUAGUGACUGUGUUUUUCUAUUUGGGGUGCAUGGUGCCAUUAUUUACGAUGGAUAAAAAGUGAUGAUGAAACAGCUAUGAUUGUGCAGACCCUUGAUGUUCGUGAUCCCGAGUGGCGCAGCGGUCUAAGGCACUGCAUUUACAGACCCUGGUUCGAUUACAGGCUGUAUCACAACCGGCCGUGAUUGGGAGUCCCAUAGGCCGGCGCACAAUUGGCCCAGCGCCGUCCGGGUUAGGGUUUGGCCAGGCUGUCAUUGUAAAUAAUAAUUUGUUCUUCACUGACUUGCCUAGUUAAAUAAAGGUUCAAUAAAAAAAUCAACUGACAGGAUGAAUUCCUUUUAAAGCUUAAUAAACACACCAGGCCGUGUUAGUAGUUAAUACGUGUGUUUUAGUUAACAAAACUGUAUUGUUUUUUCAUAGAAUGCAUGAGGCCUGUCAGUGUGGGAUGUCAUUCCUUAGAUAAGGAUAUGCCUACAUAAUUGACUUGUUUGCACGCAGUAAAUGCAACCGUUUUGCUGGUAAACUCAGUUGUAAAUCUAUUAUCACAUUAUCGUAGCCUACAAAUGAUCGAAGUAAUCGUAGACUACAAACACCUUGCCCAAAACAAGCAACUGGCUGGUUGGAUACCCGACUCUAAUGAUCACAGACGUAAAAAUCAACGGUUUUGUCAACAAGACACAUCAAAAUUCAACGGGGAGCCCCUCAAAGCUGACAAAGAUGAAAUGCGAGGGAAUAUGUGAAUUCAUAAUUAUUGACAGUUCAAUAAAGUUUUCACUGGUAACUCACAAACAACAGGCACAGUAAAGGGCUGAUAUAAAACAAUCAGGGCUAAUGGAGAAAAGUAUAGCCCCUUAAUGGCGUUGUCUGAAAUGCGGGACAGGACAAAGCAACCGAGCCAUGAAUCAUUAAUUGAAACAAUAAAAUAUCAAAUAUAUCAAUAUGUAGGACCUUGUAUAGACUAUAUAAAACAAGUCCCCCUUCUUAUUUCCUCCAUUAAAACGCGCAACCUCACUUUCAAACUCGGCCCUGUCCAGAAUUAAAAUUGGCCAACCCGAGUCUUGCACAACUUCAAAGGCCUGCUAUACUUCUGAGCGGAAGGCCCGCCGCUUUGACACUCUUCAUGGUGCGUUACGAUUUCUACAGCAAUUGGGGAGCGAGACGCUCACAUUUGAAUAUGUCUGGUAAAAACCCACUAACUGCCACUAAAUGGACUAUCAUCAAAGCGCACAGUGCACCUUCUCCCCGAAAAACGUAAUGUGUCGACAAAGAUAGGCCUUGCUGGUCUAUAUUGUUGACAGAAAAUGAAACAGGCCUACAGGGACAAAAUUGUUUUGCCAUUUUUAUGUGAUAAUGUAUGGUAGUAUAGGAUGGGCAAAUAAUAGGCACAGACGAUUUUAUACAUGCAGUCAUACAACAGACACAGGCGACAUUGAAUUGUCUUAAAAAGUGUGCCAUUUACGCAAGAAUGAAAUGAGUGAAAUAGUAGAAUGCAUUAUUCAUAUGUCUUUGCGCUCCAUAAGUCACAUUUGUAAGAGAGUGUUAAGAAAUAGUCUUUAUUUAUCCCAUAGUAUUUAGGGGGCCUCUUGAGUCUGGUUUCUGCGUCAUGUAGAACAAGCUGCAAAACCGGAAUGGCAGCAACAGAAACACACAAACAAGCACCUAAUCAACCGCACACAGUUCAACGCCAGACUGAGUGAAAAGCAGACUGCUCUGAGAUGUAGGCUAACCAAUAUAAAUCACUGAUGGCUAUGACAAUAGAACAACCCAGAAAACGGACAGAUUCCCAAAUAGUCAUCUCCAAGGCAAGGCACUCUAUUGAGAUGCAUGUUACAUUGACCUUGUUUGAAACGUUUGUUGGCAAUUUUCACCUCUCGUACAUUUUCUCCUGCUUUGUCUCCAAAUAGUUUUUAUUCCCUCUUUAUGUCAGCUAAUCAAGUUUUAUUGACUACAAGCAGUGUUCUGACGUUUCUCCUUUGGCAAUAAACCGUUAUUUGGACUGAAUCCAUUUCUAUUUAUUUAAAACAAGUGCUCCGUGAAUGUUGCAAAAUAAACACGAUGAAAAAUAACCAAAGCGAUAGUUCCCUCCGCCCGAUGGGACUUAAUGAAAAGGAGUGAAGCAGUCACCAUCAAUGAGAAACGCUUUGAAGUAGAACUUAUUAUCUGAGGAAUACUUUUCGGUUGUCCUAACGACAGCACUGAAUGGGAAAGGCUCUCUCCUUUGUCAGCGAUUUGUUCUCCUUUAGUGGGAUGCCGGUGGAAAUCACUUACAUGGGCCACCUUACCAUGCCGCCUGCAAAUCAGUAACCGACUGAGUCAGACAUGCAGACGCCACUUUGGCAAGGACAAAGCAAAAGUCGCAGGGAAAACGUGUCUCGAUCUCUCUCAUUUUUUCCUUUAUAUGGGAUGAAUGAUAAUUUUGGAGACAACAGUAGAACCAAAACAAAUGCGGUCUUGUCAGAUUUAACAAGAAUUACCCAUCUUUCUGAAGUUGAGCACAACGAGCAUAAAUCAAAUGGUUUGUGGUCUAGUCAUUAAAACUACUAAGAGUGAUAGGUUUUGUUUAUAAUAAUAUAAAUAAUAAGGGUUAGGCCUACCUGGAGAAAAUCUUACCCCUGAAAAAAAUGGAUGGCCCUCCCUUCAGCAAAAUAUAUUCUCACGAAACCCUUCCCGAAGGCUUGAAGAAAAUUAAAACCGGUGACCCUCCCCUAUACAACAAAACUUUAAUAAGGUGGAUAGCAGAGAACAUGACUACGGUUUACCCUCACUUCUAGGACAGACCAUGGCCUCGUUUCCAGUUGCGAUGCUUUACUAAGCUUUACUAUAAUGUACCAGAUGCAUCGUUAUUUACCAAAGUGUUU